AUGAAAUUAGUUAAUAUUCAUUAGUCAAUUCGAUCAUAAUCAGAUAAUAGAAGAUAAACCAGUAGAGAAUAAACAAACACUGACUAAAAAUAUAAAUUGCCCUAAUUGAUGGAUAAACAAAUAUCUCAAAAAAUAUUUAAAAAGCCUCCAUUAUAAUCUAAAUCUAAAAAAAUUUUGAACUCUAAAAUCUCUAAAUUAGAAAUUUAACUAUAUUAUGGCUCAUUAUCUAAGGCUGGAUUUGAUGGAUUUUGUGAAAAAACCAAUUAAGAUAGAGAAUUUGCUGAAAUUAUUGAUGAUGAAUAAGGAGUUUUUGCAGUCAUGGAUGGACAUGGAACUGAUGGUGAUAAAAUAAGUACUUUUGUUAGAGACUAUUUUUUAUGUACAAAUCAUAAUAUUUUAUUAAUUAGAAUAUGUAAUGAAGGAUUUCAAAACGAUCGAUUUUAUUAAACUUUUUGCAAAUGCUCAUUCCAAUGUUUCAUCUCAUUCUCAUUUUGAUUCACUUAUGUCUGGUACAACUGCAACUUUGAUUGUUAUUAGAGAUUAAAUAAUUAAUUGUGCUUGGGUUGGUGAUUCUAGAGCUAUGUUAUGUACAAAAUAAUAAGAUAAAUUAAUUACAAGUGAAUUAUCUAUUGAUCAUAAACCACAUUUAUUAAAAGAAAAAAAAAGAAUUGAAAGUUAAGGGGGAUUUGUUAAUACAUAUAAAUUAUAGAAUGGAUAAUCAAUAGGACCAUCUAGAGUAUAUAUUAAAGGAGCUUCAUUUCCAGGAUUGGCUAUGUCAAGAAGCAUUGGAGAUUAAAUAGCUGAAUAAGUUGGAGUCUCUCAUAUUCCAGGUACUUUAUUCUGUUAUUUGAGAUAUCAAAUAGCAUCAAAUUACUAAAGAUGAUUUAUUUAUAAUUAUUGGAUCUGAUGGAUUAUGGGAAUUUUUAGAUAAUAAUUAAGUAUUAAAAAUAUCAUUAAGAUAGCAGAAAUGACCUAUCAUUAUUUUUUAAAUAAUGAUCCAUAAGGUGCUUGUCAAAAAUUGAUUCAAGAAUCUAAGAUUUAAUGGAAAAAGUUUAGUGAAGGAGUUGAUGAUAUUACUGUAAUUGUAGUAUUCUUGUAGAAUUCAAAUAUUUGA